AUGAGCCCGCAGUCUUCAAGGGUGAUGAGCCCGGAUGCGGCUGGCCCAUCGUCUUCUCCUCCAGUACUCCCCGAGGGAUGGCUUGCUCAGUGGGAUGGGCGCCAGCAGCGAUGGUAUUAUGUCCAGCCCGUAACCAGGAAAUCACAAUGGGAGAUACCGACCGAACCGUUUAUUGCAUCAACGUCUUCGACUCCUCACUCUGCUGCCAGUCCUGGGCCCUAUCCCUCUCCUCUCACCAUGAGUUCCACCUCGCCUGAGUCCGAAGCUACAAGAGAAUUGAUGGAAGUGAGGAAUGCGAAGUGGGGUGGGAAUGGCAACUUCGCGGCUACACAACAACUAUCACCUCAGAGCACUUCCCCAAGAUCACAGAGGACUCCAGUUGCCGGAGAUGGCGUGCCCCAUCCACGUUCCUCGGCCCAAAGCACGCCAGUGCAUGCUAUCUCUGAUAUCUCUACCCUAGCCAACCAGGACGAGAUGAUGGUCCAGCAUAAUAGUCCAAAUCAUUCGCGGGUUGGAAGUAAUACACCCCAACAGCCCAUAUCUAUGGCUGGCCAGGUACAGGGCUUCCAUACUACCUCGGGCUCACCAGCCAACCAACAUCAACAGCAACAUUUCCCUCCUCACCCUCAACCAUUCAACGAAACACCCAUGCAGAACAGCAGCGUCCCCAUGGGCCAACCACCACAUGGCGAUUCUAUGGAGGUCAGAUGCAUGACCCUAACGCUCGCUCCUUCUCUGGCCCUCCACAAACCGGCGGCAGAUCCCCGGUAUACGAACCAGCCAAUUCCCAGUAACACCCCGGAAAGUUCCCUUCCCCGAGUCUCUCCAGUGCAAACCCCAACGACCCCCAAGAACAUGGAAAUCACCCUUCCUAAAAUGAAGAUCCCUAACGCCCCUCCCGUCUUCCCGUUGUCCCACCGUGAAGCACAGAGGAAAAGACAGUCGGAACGACAAGAAUCAUAUGCAAAAUACAGAGAGCCCGAAAGCUUACCGAGAAACAUGCCACCACCACCACCUGGCUUCGGUUCAAAUCCUAUAUACGAUCCUCUCAUCGACCAGGGAAGACCCGUGUAUCAGGAUUCAAUCCAGGGCCCUCCCGUUGGCUCAUACGGAGCUCCAAGACAGCAUGGUAGCCCUGGAAAUGGGCCAUCAUGGCAGCAUCAACCGCCGCCGCCGCAGCAGCAGCAGCAGUACGGAGGAUAUCAGUCCGGCAUGCCACCUCGUGCCGACUACGUACCACCACCACAACAGCAGCAUUAUGGAGAUGUCGGUGGAUAUUCCGGUAAUUGGGGGAGAUAA